AUGAAGUCCGUCUUUUUCUGUCGUGACCCUAUUCAAGGACCAGACGUUAUUCGGUCACAGUACCGUAACCCGCAGAACUUCCUACUUGAUCAAGACUCGCUUAAUACUCGCGAAGAUAAAAGGGCUGGUAUGAUGUUCUUCUGUGACUACGGUACCCCCCGUCGGCUAGAAGAACAUGCACGGCUAUGGCUGCCAUACCUUCAAGUGGUAAAGUCCCGUACAUCCACCUACUCAACGCCUCAACCAAUUCGUAACAGGGUCAACGAAAACGGCGAAUUCGUCUACAUCACACCACUUCAUCGCCGAACACGGGCCAGAAACAAUUCACUGCGGACGAAGCCACCAUCCCUCAGCGGCGAGGACCCGGAUUACCCCCAACGCGACUUGUAG